GAGAAAUGGAAGUGAAAGCGAGAGCUCCGGGGAAGAUUAUACUUGCAGGAGAACAUGCUGUUGUCCAUGGAUCCACAGCUGUAGCUGCAGCCAUUGAUCUCUACACUUACGUCACUCUCCACCUUCCUCUUCUUUCAGGUGAGAACAAUGAUAGGCUUACACUUCAGCUCAAGGACCUUUCCUUGGAGUUUUCUUGGUCUGUAUCCAGACUCAAAGAAGUGAUUCCUUCUGUUUCAAACACUUCUUCCCCUUCUACGCCGGUUUCAUGUUCAAGUGAGACACUUAAAUCAAUUGUUGUUUUGGUUGAAGAGCAAAACAUUCCAGAGGCAAAGAUCUGGCUCUCAUCUGGGAUCUCCACCUUCCUCUGGUUGUACACCAGCAUCUUAGGAUUCAUUCCUGCUACGGUUAUCAUUACAACCGAGCUUCCAUACGGAUCUGGCCUCGGUUCAUCAGCAGCUUUUUGUGUAGCUCUCACAGCUGCUCUCAUUGCAUCUUCUAGUUCAGACAAAACUCGUGGUGAAGGUUGGUCCUCUCUAGAUGAAAGCAAUCUCGAGUUGCUGAACAAAUGGGCCUUUGAAGGUGAAAAGAUCAUCCAUGGGAAACCUUCAGGGAUCGACAACACCGUCAGUGCAUAUGGGAACAUGAUCAAGUUCUGCUCAGGGGAGAUAACUCGGUUACAGACAAACAUGCCUCUAAGAAUGCUAAUCACCAAUACUAAAGUUGGUCGUAACACUAAAGCUCUGGUCUCUGGUGUGUCAGAGAGAACAUUGAGACAUCCAGAGGCGAUGAACUCUGUGUUCAAUGCAGUGGACUCUAUAAGCAAAGAGAUGGCUGCAAUCAUCCAAACCAAAGAUGACAUCUCUGUUACAGAGAGAGAAGAGAGGAUAAAAGAACUCAUGGAGAUGAACCAAGGCUUGCUGGAGUCAAUGGGGGUUAGCCACAGCUCUAUUGAUACAGUGAUACAAACCACUCUCAAGCACAAACUUACCUCAAAACUGACUGGAGCUGGUGGUGGCGGCUGUGUCCUCACUCUAUUACCUACAUUGGUUUCAGGGACGGUGGUGGAGAAAGUGGUGCAAGAGCUUGAGUCCAGCGGUUUUCAGUGCUUCACUGCUUCAAUUGGUGGUAAUGGAGCUGAGAUUAGCUUUUGAUCAGACCAGAGUCUCUCCUCUGAUGCUAUAUGGUUGACAAUAUCAUAUUAGGCCUCUCACCAUUCUUAAACUAGCUCACUGUCUACUAGAAGUUCAAAAGUCAAUUUUUUUUUUUUAACUAGUGAUGUGUUUAAUGUAAAAUGCUUUCUUUACAUGUGAAAUAUCUUUUCUUUUUGUAGAAAUGAAUGCAUGAUAAUAGACAUGAUGAUCAGUUGGAUUCUCUUGAAAGAAGUAUGAACUAUGAC